ACCAUCAAUCUUACAUCUAGCAAAAAGAUCAAUCAACAACAUAGCCCUCAGAAUGUUCAACAAAUCAUCAGCUUUCAUUCUCAUAACAAUCCUAUUUGCAGCCAUCAAUUCAGCAACCAAGACUACUGCACUUGACCCUCCAGCAGCAGCAUCAGCAGCAACAGGAGAAGUACCGGUUCUCGAGCUAUACAUGCACGACAUUCUAGGCGGCAGCAGCCCAACUGCGCGCCCCAUCACUGGCUUAUUAGGCAACAUCUAUAGCGGCCAAGUUCCCUUUGCUCGGCCUCUCGGCUUCCUACCCCCUAGAGACGGCGUCGCCAUUCCCAACUCCAACGGCGCAAUUCCGACCAUAAAUCCCAAUGGCAUCCCACUAGGCACUGGCCUGGUAGGCACAGCUUUUGCAGGGAUAAACAACAACAACGGUCAAAAUAUUAACACCGCACAACUGGGGCCUGACGGCCUCGGCUUAGGUUUCGGGACAAUCACAGUCAUUGAUGAUUACUUGACCUCGGCUCCCGAGCUGGGGUCACAGCAACUAGGCAAGGCACAAGGGGUCUACGUGGCGAGCUCGGCCGAUGGGUCCACGCAGAUGAUGGCGUUUACAGCCAUGAUGGAAGGAGGGGAGUAUGGAGACAGCCUCAACUUCUUUGGAGUUUACAAGAUUGGGAGCACCAUGUCCAGGCUGUCGGUAACCGGCGGCACCGGCAAGUUCAAGAAUGCUUGCGGGUUUGCAGAGGUACGAUCACUGUUUCCGGCGGGUCAGCAUGUUAUGGAUGGUGUUGAGACGCUGCUGAGGAUCACUGUCCAUCUUACUUACUGAUUUGUUUGUGUUUGCAAAGCAAAAGCUCUUGAAUGUGUGAUUUGAUUUCUGUGCGAUUUGAUUUCUGUAAUGUAUUUCUCUACCAUCGCUUGACAAUAUCACCAUACACUGCAAUCGAUAUGAAACAAUGCCUGUCGAUAAUAUUAUCUCAUCGUAGUUGUAAAGAAGAAAUUUGGGAUAAAAAAAUCUGCAAAUUGAAAUC